AUGCGGGACAUUGAGGGUCAGCUGGACCUGGUGUCCAAGGAUGAGGAAAACGAAGAGGACCCAGAGGAAGACCUGUCGGAAACAGAGACUCCAAAACUGAAGAAGAAGAAAAAGCCUAAAAAGCCUCGGGACCCAAAGAUUCCUAAGAGCAAGCGCCAAAAGAAGGAGCUGGGGGACAGCUCUGGGGAGGGGCCGGAGUUUGUGGAGGAGGAAGAAGAGGUGGCGCUGCGCUCAGACAGUGAGGGGAGCGACUACACCCCUGGCAAGAAGAAGAAAAAGAAGCUGGGACCCAAGAAGGAGAAGAAGAGCAAGUCCAAGCGGAAGGAGGAGGAGGAGGAAGACGAGGACGACGACGACUCAAAGGAGCCUAAGUCGUCUGCUCAGCUUCUGGAAGACUGGGGCAUGGAAGACAUUGACCAUGUGUUCUCAGAGGAGGAUUAUCGCACCCUCACCAACUACAAGGCCUUCAGCCAGUUUGUCCGACCCCUCAUUGCUGCCAAAAACCCCAAGAUUGCCGUCUCCAAGAUGAUGAUGGUUUUGGGUGCAAAGUGGCGGGAGUUCAGCACCAACAACCCCUUCAAAGGCAGUUCUGGGGCCUCCGUGGCGGCGGCCGCAGCAGCAGCGGUGGCUGUGGUGGAGAGCAUGGUGACGGCCACUGAGGCUGCGCCGCCCCCUCCCCCCGUGGAGGUGCCUGUCCGCAAGGCCAAGACCAAGGAGGGCAAAGGUCCCAACGCUCGGAGGAAGCCCAAGGGCAGCCCUCGCAUACCUGAUGCCAAGAAGCCUAAACCCAAGAAAGUGGCUCCCCUGAAAAUCAAGCUGGGAGGUUUUGGUUCCAAGCGUAAGAGAUCAUCGAGUGAGGAUGAUGACCUAGACGUGGAGUCUGACUUCGAUGAUGCCAGUAUCAACAGCUAUUCUGUUUCUGAUGGUUCCACCAGCCGUAGUAGCCGCAGCCGCAAGAAACUCCGAACCACUAAGAAGAAGAAGAAAGGCGAGGAGGAGGUGACUGCUGUGGAUGGUUAUGAGACAGACCACCAGGACUAUUGCGAGGUGUGCCAGCAAGGCGGCGAGAUCAUCCUGUGUGACACCUGUCCCCGCGCCUACCACAUGGUCUGCCUGGACCCGGAUAUGGAGAAGGCUCCCGAGGGCAAGUGGAGCUGCCCGCAUUGCGAGAAGGAGGGCAUCCAGUGGGAGGCCAAGGAGGACAACUCGGAGGGCGAGGAGAUCCUGGAAGAAGUUGGCGGCGACCCUGAGGAGGAGGACGACCACCACAUGGAAUUCUGCCGGGUCUGCAAGGAUGGCGGGGAGCUGCUCUGCUGUGACACUUGUCCUUCUUCCUACCACAUCCACUGCUUGAACCCCCCACUUCCAGAGAUCCCCAAUGGCGAAUGGCUCUGUCCCCGCUGCACGUGUCCAGCUCUGAAGGGCAAGGUGCAGAAGAUCCUGAUCUGGAAGUGGGGUCAGCCGCCGUCUCCUACACCAGUGCCUCGACCGCCGGAUGCUGAUCCAAACACUCCCUCCCCCAAGCCCUUGGAGGGGCGGCCAGAGCGACAGUUCUUUGUGAAGUGGCAAGGCAUGUCUUACUGGCACUGCUCCUGGGUGUCUGAACUGCAGCUGGAGCUGCACUGUCAGGUGAUGUUCCGAAACUAUCAGCGGAAAAACGAUAUGGACGAGCCACCUUCUGGAGACUUUGGUGGUGAUGAAGAGAAGAGUCGAAAGCGAAAGAACAAGGACCCGAAGUUCGCAGAGAUGGAGGAACGCUUUUACCGCUACGGGAUAAAACCUGAGUGGAUGAUGAUCCACCGAAUCCUCAACCACAGUGUGGACAAGAAGGGCCAUGUCCACUACUUGAUCAAGUGGCGGGACUUACCCUACGAUCAGGCAUCCUGGGAGAGCGAGGACGUGGAGAUACAGGAUUACGACCUGUUCAAGCAGAGCUAUUGGAACCACAGGGAGCUGAUGAGGGGCGAGGAGGGACGACCCGGCAAGAAGCUCAAGAAGGUGAAGCUGAGGAAGUUGGAGAGGCCGCCCGAGACGCCAACAGUUGACCCAACAGUGAAGUAUGAGCGGCAGCCAGAGUACCUGGAUGCUACGGGUGGAACACUGCACCCCUAUCAGAUGGAGGGCUUGAACUGGCUGCGCUUCUCCUGGGCUCAGGGCACUGACACCAUCUUGGCUGAUGAGAUGGGCCUUGGGAAAACUGUGCAGACAGCAGUCUUCCUUUACUCCCUCUAUAAGGAGGGUCAUUCCAAAGGCCCCUUCCUAGUGAGUGCUCCUCUCUCUACCAUCAUCAACUGGGAGCGGGAGUUUGAAAUGUGGGCUCCGGAUAUGUAUGUGGUGACCUACGUGGGUGAUAAGGACAGUCGUGCCAUCAUCCGGGAGAACGAAUUCUCCUUUGAAGACAAUGCCAUUCGUGGUGGCAAGAAGGCCUCCCGCAUGAAGAAAGAAGCAUCUGUGAAAUUCCAUGUGCUGCUGACAUCCUAUGAGUUGAUCACCAUUGACAUGGCUAUCUUGGGUUCUAUUGAUUGGGCCUGCCUUAUUGUGGAUGAAGCCCAUCGGCUGAAGAACAAUCAGUCUAAGUUCUUCCGGGUCUUGAACGGUUAUUCACUGCAGCACAAGCUGUUGUUGACUGGGACUCCAUUACAGAACAACCUCGAAGAGCUGUUUCAUCUGCUCAACUUUCUCACCCCCGAGAGGUUCCACAAUUUGGAAGGCUUUCUGGAGGAGUUUGCUGACAUCGCCAAGGAGGACCAGAUCAAAAAACUGCACGACAUGCUGGGGCCUCACAUGCUGCGGCGGCUCAAGGCUGACGUGUUCAAGAACAUGCCAUCCAAGACGGAGCUCAUUGUGCGUGUGGAGCUCAGCCCCAUGCAGAAGAAAUACUACAAGUACAUCCUCACGCGAAAUUUCGAAGCGCUCAACGCUCGCGGUGGUGGCAACCAGGUCUCCCUGCUCAAUGUGGUGAUGGAUCUCAAGAAGUGCUGCAACCACCCGUAUCUCUUCCCGGUGGCGGCCAUGGAAGCCCCCAAGAUGCCGAACGGCAUGUACGACGGCAGCGCCCUCAUCCGCGCGUCGGGGAAGCUGCUGCUGCUGCAGAAGAUGCUCAGGAACCUCAAGGAGGGUGGGCACCGCGUGCUCAUCUUCUCCCAGAUGACCAAGAUGCUGGACCUGCUGGAGGACUUCUUGGAACAUGAAGGCUAUAAAUACGAGCGGAUUGACGGCGGAAUCACCGGGAACAUGCGCCAGGAGGCCAUCGACCGCUUCAAUGCACCGGGUGCACAACAGUUCUGCUUCUUGCUUUCCACUCGAGCUGGGGGCCUUGGGAUCAAUUUGGCCACUGCUGACACCGUGAUUAUCUAUGAUUCUGACUGGAACCCCCACAAUGACAUCCAGGCCUUCAGCAGAGCUCACCGUAUUGGGCAAAAUAAGAAGGUGAUGAUCUACCGGUUUGUGACCCGUGCGUCAGUGGAGGAGCGCAUCACGCAGGUGGCAAAGAAGAAGAUGAUGUUGACGCACCUAGUGGUGCGGCCUGGGCUUGGCUCCAAGACUGGGUCUAUGUCCAAGCAGGAGCUUGAUGAUAUUCUCAAAUUUGGCACUGAGGAGCUGUUCAAAGAUGAGGCCACAGAUGGAGGGGGAGACAACAAAGAGGGCGAAGACAGCAGCGUUAUCCACUAUGAUGACAAGGCCAUUGAGCGGCUGCUGGACCGUAACCAGGAUGAGACUGAAGACACAGAGCUGCAGGGCAUGAAUGAAUAUCUGAGCUCAUUUAAAGUGGCCCAGUAUGUGGUGCGGGAAGAAGAAAUGGGGGAGGAAGAGGAGGUAGAGCGGGAAAUCAUAAAACAGGAGGAAAGUGUGGAUCCUGACUACUGGGAGAAAUUGCUGCGCCACCAUUAUGAGCAGCAGCAGGAAGACCUAGCCCGGAAUCUGGGCAAAGGAAAAAGAAUCCGUAAACAGGUCAACUACAAUGAUGGCUCCCAGGAGGACCGAGAUUGGCAGGACGACCAGUCCGACAACCAGUCCGAUUACUCGGUGGCCUCAGAGGAAGGUGAUGAGGACUUUGACGAACGGUCAGAAGCUCCCCGCAGGCCCAGUCGCAAGGGCCUGCGGAAUGAUAAAGAUAAGCCAUUGCCUCCUCUGUUGGCCCGUGUUGGGGGGAACAUCGAGGUGCUGGGUUUUAAUGCUCGUCAGCGAAAAGCCUUUCUUAAUGCAAUUAUGCGAUAUGGCAUGCCACCUCAGGACGCUUUCACCACCCAGUGGCUUGUGCGAGAUCUGCGAGGCAAGUCAGAGAAGGAGUUCAAGGCAUACGUCUCUCUCUUUAUGCGGCAUUUGUGCGAGCCGGGGGCAGAUGGUGCUGAGACCUUCGCUGAUGGUGUCCCCCGAGAAGGCCUGUCUCGCCAGCAUGUCCUUACCAGGAUUGGUGUCAUGUCCUUGAUUCGCAAGAAGGUGCAGGAGUUUGAACACGUUAAUGGGCGCUGGAGCAUGCCGGAGCUGGCUGAAGUAGAGGAAAACAAGAAGAUGUCUCAGCCAGGGUCCCCCUCCCCAAAGACUCCGACACCCUCCACUCCAGGGGACACGCAGCCCAACACUCCUGCCCCGGCCCCACCUGCUGAAGAUGGGAUAAAAAUAGAGGAAAACAGCCUCAAAGAAGAGGAGAGCACAGAAGGAGAAAAGGAGGUGAAGUCUGCGGUCCCCGAGGUUGCUGUUGAGUGUCCACAGCCCCCUGCCCCUGCCUCAGAGGAUGAAAAGGUCCUUGUCGAAACCCCUGAGGGAGAGGAGAAAGUGGAAAAGGCAGAGGUGAAGGAGAGAGCAGAGGAACCCAUGGAGACAGAGCCCAAAGGUGUUGCUGAUGUGGAAAAGGUGGAGGAAAAGUCAGCAAUCGAUCUGACCCCUAUUGUGGUAGAGGACAAAGAGGAGAAGAAAGAAGAAGAAGAGAAGAAAGAGGUGAUGCUUCAGAAUGGAGAGACCCCCAAGGACCUGAUUGACGAGAAGCAAAAGAAAAACAUUAAACAGCGUUUCAUGUUCAACAUUGCAGAUGGUGGUUUUACAGAGCUGCACUCCCUUUGGCAGAAUGAGGAGCGGGCAGCCACAGUCACCAAGAAGACUUAUGAGAUCUGGCAUCGACGGCAUGACUACUGGCUGCUAGCUGGCAUCAUAAACCAUGGCUAUGCCCGGUGGCAGGACAUUCAGAACGACCCACGCUAUGCCAUCCUCAAUGAGCCUUUCAAGGGAGAAAUGAACCGUGGCAAUUUCUUAGAGAUCAAGAAUAAAUUUUUAGCUCGAAGGUUCAAGCUCUUAGAACAAGCCCUGGUGAUUGAGGAACAGCUGCGCCGGGCGGCUUACCUGAACAUGUCAGAGGACCCUUCUCACCCUUCCAUGGCACUGAACACCCGCUUUGCCGAGGUGGAAUGUUUGGCAGAAAGUCAUCAGCACCUGUCUAAGGAGUCAAUGGCAGGAAACAAGCCUGCCAACGCAGUCCUGCACAAAGUUCUGAAACAGCUGGAAGAACUGCUAAGUGACAUGAAAGCGGACGUGACCCGGCUGCCAGCUACCAUUGCCCGAAUUCCCCCCGUCGCUGUGAGGCUACAGAUGUCAGAGCGCAACAUCCUCAGCCGCCUGGCAAACCGGGCCCCCGAACCUACCCCGCAGCAGGUAGCCCAGCAGCAGUGAAGAUGCAGACGGGUGAUGCCACCUCCGCCGCUGAGCAGUGACCUUCCUCACUUUCUCUUGUCCCAGCUUCUUCCCUGGGGGCCUGAGAGACCCUCGCCCUCCUGCCCAUCUUCCAUGUUGUCAAGGAACAGCCCCUGUGCACCGGGGGAGGGGAGGGAGUGAGGGGCAGUGGUGCCCUUUCUGCAGGAGAGACAUGCAGCAGUAGCGCCGGCGCCGUCUGCAGGGAGUCGGUGGGCUGGCCUUCUGGACCCUGGCUUCUCCCCACCGUAACAUCUGUUACACACAAACUGCUGUGGGUUCCUGCCAGGCGUGAAGAAAGUGAUCUGGAUUUCUUCCUCCUUUUGGUUUUAUUUUGUUGGUUUAUUUUGUUUCCUUUUCUCCGUUUUCGGGGGUAUUCAGAGUGGGCUGGGCCCCUGGGCGAGACACAGCUACCUCUGUUGGCAUCUUUUUAAUACCAGGAACCCAGCGGCUCCAGCCACUGAGCGGCUAGAAUGAAAUAAAGUGAAAAAAAAAAAAGGAAAACCAAAAGCAUACAAAACCGCAGCAAAUUUCUUGACGAAAAUGGAAAAUAAAAGUUUCCUUGUAUUUUA